UAUUGCCCAUUCUGUGACUCACUUUCGAAGCAGUUUCUAGCGCGGUAGGAAGCGAUGAGUGAUUGUGAGCGAGCGGGGGUGAUUCAUUCUUGUGGCUGUGGCUGCGGUGCGGAAAAGAUGAGUCGAACGGGCCUUCCCAAUUGAAAACGCCACAAGCCCUUUCAAAAUCUGACCUCAUCGCCGCAGCUCAAUCGCAAGAACAGCAGACAGAUUGACCGCACCUCACCUUCAACACCAAAAAUACAUACUUGAGACCGCCGCAUUGGACACCACAGCAUCUCUCAGCAACACCCAAACCGCAUCCACCAUCAUGGCCGUCCGCGCCUCUUUCGAAAACUCCAACGAAGUCGGCGUCUUCUCCACCCUCACAAACUCCUACGCCCUCGUCGCAGUCGGCGCCUCAGAAAACUUCUACUCCGUCUUCGAAGCCGAACUCCAAGACGUAAUCCCCAUCUGCCACUGCACCAUCAACGGCACCCGCAUAAUCGGGCGCCUCACAGCAGGCAACAAAAAAGGCCUGCUAGUCCCCACCUCGACCACCGACCAAGAACUCCAACACCUCCGAAAUUCCAUCCCCGACGAAGUCAAAAUUCAACGGAUAGAAGAACGCCUCUCCGCGCUCGGAAACGUCAUUUGCGCAAACGAUCAUGUCGCGCUCGUACACCCGGACUUGGAACGCGAGACGGAAGAAAUUAUAGCGGAUGUGCUUGGUGUGGAGGUUUUUAGACAGACGAUUGCGGAUAAUGUUUUGACGGGGAGUUAUAUGUCGUUGUCGAAUCAGGGUGGGAUUGUGCAUCCGAAGACUUCGAUACAGGAUCAGGAUGAGCUGUCGAGUUUGUUGCAGGUGCCGCUUGUGGCUGGCAGUGUGAACCGCGGAAGCCCCGUGGUCGGAGCUGGAAUGGUCGUGAACGACUGGAUGGCAGUCACAGGUCUGGAUACGACUGCCACUGAGCUGAGCGUGAUUGAGUCCGUGUUCAAAUUGGGAGAGGGCAUGGGGCCGAGCGCGAUCCAGCAGAACAAGGAGUCUAUGGUCGAGUCGUUUUACUAGACUUAUUGCUGUCUGGCUCUACUAGAUGGAGGAAAGAGCGGUGUCACGAUUUGAUGAUCUCUAGGGUCAGCAUUCUUUGGACAGCACUAGCAUCCAGCGCGGAGUUUUGAGGAAGGAACAUGGUCACUGAUCAGCCUGUAAAUCGAAAGUACAGAAGCAGUCUCUUAGAAAAGUGACUUGCCAGGCGAUUGCAAUCAAUUCGAAAUUCGUAAUGCGAGCUGCUCGCACACAGCACUACCAAAAAGGCAUAAUGAAGCCAUAACUAGCAAG